GGCAGAGGGGUAGGGGGACGGGGCGGGGCGCAUCGGGCUCAAAUGCCGGCGCCAGUCCAAAUCGCGUGAUUCCUCUUCGCACCCCACCUCACCCGGCUCGGCUCUCUCCGACGAGGCGACCUCCACCUCGCGGAGCAGCUCAGCGCAGCGCAGCGCAGGGAGGGGAAUUUUGCCUCAGAGCGUAGGAGUCGUCCAUGGCCGGCGAGAAGAAGGUAUUUGGGUUCGAGGAGGUCGCCAAGCACAACGUCACCAAGGACUGCUGGAUCAUCAUCGCCGGCAAGGUUUAUGAUGUCACUCCUUUUAUGGAUGAACAUCCUGGUGGUGAUGAGGUGUUGCUAGCUGUAACUGGGAAAGAUGCUACUGGUGAUUUUGAAGAUAUUGGCCACAGUGAUUCCGCAAGGGAAAUGAUGGAGAAGUACCACAUCGGGGAGAUUGAUGCUUCAACCAUCCCAGCAAAGCGUACUUACGUACCUCCACAGCAAGUACCCCACGGCCCAGACAAGGAUAAUGACUUCCUCAUUAAGAUCUUGCAGUUCCUUGUUCCCAUUUUGAUCUUGGGGCUUGCAUUUGCUAUCCGGCACUACACCAAGUCUGAGUAGAUCUGCUUUUAGCGAUUUGCUUUGAAGUUGUUGUAUUUAAGUGAGAUGGUUUGGAUCAAAGUAGCUGAAUAAUUAUCUUUGUUCCUCGCAAAAAAAAAAAUAUUAUAUCUGUUGGGUGGAAUUAUGUUAAUGUCAUUGCUCAUGAGGUACUAUGCA